GCCGCGGCCGCCACAGCUGCCGCCGCCGCCGCAGCUGUGCCGGACCGGCGCGGGUGCGCAGGCAAAAGGCUCCCUUUACCUUCUGAAAGUACCCUCAGAAGAAUUUCCCCAGCCCACCAUGGCGGAUGAAAUUGAUUUCACUACUGGAGAUGCUGGGGCUUCCAGCACCUACCCUAUGCAGUGUUCCGCCCUGCGCAAAAACGGCUUCGUGGUGCUCAAAGGACGACCAUGCAAGAUAGUGGAGAUGUCAACUUCCAAAACUGGAAAGCACGGUCAUGCCAAGGUUCACCUUGUUGGAAUUGAUAUUUUCACGGGCAAAAAGUAUGAAGAUAUUUGCCCUUCUACUCACAACAUGGAUGUUCCAAAUAUUAAGAGAAAUGAUUAUCAACUGAUAUGCAUUCAAGAUGGUUACCUUUCCCUGCUAACAGAAACUGGUGAAGUUCGUGAGGAUCUUAAGCUGCCAGAGGGUGAACUAGGCAAAGAAAUAGAAGGAAAAUAUAAUGCAGGUGAAGAUGUACAGGUGUCUGUCAUGUGUGCGAUGAGUGAAGAAUAUGCUGUAGCCAUAAAGCCCUGCAAAUAAAUGGGAGCAUCAGGCAUGAGCAAACUGUAUAGGUCUGGAUCAGCUGCAGAUCUAAAGUUUGGUUCUAAGUUGUCACCAAAGCUAUGGCCUUCAUAAGCAACCUCAUUUCUUUUUCAGUUAUUUUGAAAUUGUGCUGAGUUAGUUUUGCAGGCAAUUAGUGAUUUAAAAAAAUAAUCAAGAUAUAUAACUUUUUUUUAAAUUUUGUAGGUGUCUUUCCUAUAACAUUCCUGUGGUUUUCAGUAUGUGAGUCCAAGAAAUAGAUGAGAUAGCUCCAGCAGAUGUGAUUUGUCUGAGCAAAUAAAUCAUUCCUGAAUUUUAGUUAAAUGAUAAAUAAACCAGGGUUUUAAACAAUGUAGCAUCCAGUGGUAUUGAUGUACCACAUUUAAGUUGAAUUGCUCUGCAUUAAUUUCAAACUUAAUAUCAUAGAAUAAGUAGAUUAUGGAUUGGAAUUGUCAGAAUUUCAGCCUGGGUGUGGCAAGUACAGGUCCUUAAACAAAAAUUACGUUAUCAAAAAGUGCCAGUUAUCUUAGUAACUGUGUGCAGCCCACCUGUGUUACCUCAGUCAUUCUGUUCUUUGCCAAAUUUCUGGCAGACUUAAUAUAAUCUGUAUUAUGAUCAUUUUAGUACUUUGUUGUGCUAAACAGAGGCAGUAAACUGUUGUGUGACUGUUACCAAGUCAUAUUGUAAAGAAGGCCCAAAGGACAGUGGCAGAGGGUGUUGGUAAAAGCUAUAGGUUUUUAUUUGAGGCCUUUGUAAUCAGCAUAAAAAUAGGAAGUUUCUGUUUGCAUUUUUAACUUUUGUUUUCUCUAUUUAAAGGAGUGACGUGCUUUACAGGAUACUAUGCAGUACUUAUCGAUUAUGUUGAAUAGUUGAUAUUUGUAGUAAUCACUCCUUUCCAGAUAUUUUUAAGUAGACUUUUUUUGACAUCAAAAUAUUUGUUAAACAAAAACUGGAAAUUCUUAAAUUAUUUGGAAUACUUGUUAAAUUUGUGUAUGUUUUUUCUAACAUGAAAGUGAAUCAUAGAAGAAAAGUUACUUUUUAUGAUUAUUAUUUAACUUAAGUAUAUGUAUUUAUCUGAUUGUCAUGUGACUUAAUUCACUUUCUGGAAUGAAAUAUAGCUAGGAAAGAUUUCUGUAAACUAAAUUACUUUUAAAAGUAUUUUAGGUGAUUCUGCUACAUUUCUAUUCAGUCUUUUGGAUCAUAUAUCUAUUUCCAGAAUUCUGGCAUUAUCACAGGGUUUGUGAGGACUUUUGACUCAAUAACAGCCAUUAUAUUGCAGUGAAACUUAGAGCAAAAUCACCAUUUCAGUAAUACUUUCAUUCUCUAAGAUUGAUUAUAAGACCUCUCCCAUCAUACAUUGACUUCUAAAAGGCCUUUGUACCCUAACCUAGAGGAAAAUUUGCAUGAUGCUAUAAUCGGUCUAUUCAGUGAUUGGAAAUAGCAUUAGGAACAAAAGAUCCCAGUUUUAGUUACUUAAUUUGCCCACACUUUUAAAUCUUGUAUUGGCCUCAGCAAAACCACUUGGAGAAGCAAGAUGCUUUAAGGAAAUUCAAGAGGAAUUCUAAAGCACAAGAAAUAUUGAUGUUGUAGUUAAUCAUUUUUUAGUAUAACAUUUUAGCUUUUGCCCAUCUAAAGCACAAUCAGUAAUUAGGCUAAGUUGUUUCAUUUUGGGAAUGCCAUUUAGGUAUCUACUAGAUACUGCUCUAGUUUUUUUUAGUACUCUGUAGUAUGUAUCUUACUUGUGACUGGUUGGCAUCCUUACCUGCAGGAAUUCCAGAAAGUUACCAAUCUGUACUUCUUGCUAGCCAUUCAUAUGACCCCAGUUAACUACACUAGUAUUCUGGUUUAGUAUUAAUUCUGGAUUAGCAUGCCCUUGUUCUUCCUAAUUUAUCAAACUUCACAUAAAUAUAUUUUCAAUUGCAAGGUAUAUAUAAAUUAUAAUAAUGCACCUAUACUUCAUAUAUUGAAUGGCAAAAGCUACUUAUGAAUAAGUAUUUUAAGUACUAAAAUAAAGUGUAAAUACUCUUCUGACAUAUAAUAAUAGGUAUAGAUUUUAAAGAUAUGGGACUGUUUAUUUUCAUGUAAGUCAAUACUUGUUUCUCUUGAACAAUAUAUUUCAUUUAGAAAAGCUUUAUAAAUUGUAUUAAAAGGAAGCAGGAAACAUUUUUUAAUAGAACAGAAAUGACUUCAUUCUUUUUUGACAUCAGAAAUGUUAAAAGUUGAUUCCUAGUAUUUGUUGUACUUUUUUGUAGUAAAUGUUAAAUGUCAGAGUUACCACGUGUAGAAUGUAGACUGUCAUGUUGAUAGAUUAUACAGUGAUACACCUUUUUGUCUGCAGGCAUUUCAGCAAUUUAUAUACAGUAUUAUACUAACAAGUGGAAUAUUUGUUUCUUUCUAGAACAACAUUUUAUUUCUACUGUGAAGACUUUGCUAUAUCUUAUUUGCUAAAAGUUGUAUACCCUCUGAAAUAGAUCAAAUUAUUGCUACUUUGACUUAGCGUUUGCAUCAUAAACAUAAUUACCAUGUUUCUUUCAUGCUCCCCUCCAAGGGCUGUCAAGUCACUUGAAAUUGUUGCUAACCAAGCUCUUGAAUCCAUUUCCAUUUAUGGUACAAAAUUCUGUAUGGAUGCUUUAUAACUAUUACCAAAACUCUCCUGCAGCCAGAGCAUGAAAUCUUUAAUAGGAGAUGCUGCAAUAAAAAGUUUAGGCUAUAAAAUUGGGGGAUACAAUUUUUCAUUAUAGCACAAUAUGUGUGCAUAUGCACACAUAGCUUUGUAUGUUUGUUCUUUUUACAAAGUCCUUCCAACUCUUAAAAGUACUGUAGUCUGGUAGUGCCUCAAAUGUUGGUAACUUUUUUUUUUUAUUUACAACUUUUCCAGAAUUUGUUUUUGUACUUUAAAGUUUCUCAAUUAGAUUAUUUCUAGUUGUAAUUCGAAUGCAUUGUUCUCAGGGCUGUUUGUGCUAAGAGCUGAAGUUUCCUUAUUUUAAAGCUAACUGCCUGAAAGAAUAUUGCAAAAUUUUCCCACAUUGUAAUACAAUGAUACAUACAAAUAAAAAUCUGUAAUAUCAACACACUUAAACUAUAUGCUAAAUAUUCAAGGAAAAAAAUGGGAACAUUGCUAACAUCUAUACUGGAAUCUUGCCAUACUUUUUUCAUUUUAGAAAAGAAUUUGGUGGUCUUAUCGUAGAACCUUAUCCUUAAUGAUACACAUGAAAGCAUUCCUUUGGUAUGGACCCCCAAAGAUAGCUUUAGAGCCAAACUUUGAUGUGGUGAUUCUCAAAACAUGUCUAGGGACAACAGAAUUAAAAUUCAUAAUACUUUGGGGGGUACAUUAAACUGUUUACAGAUUAAAUUCUGUAUAUGAGCUAGUAACAAAUUUAUUAUAAGAAAAUAUGACUCUUAAGCAGUAUAUGUGCAAACUAUAAGCAUAUUUCCAUAAAUAGCAUAAUAUUAAUUGGUCAAGUUUUAAAUUUUCUGAUAUCAUCUAGGCAUUAUAUUUCAUAGUUGUCAAGCCUUUUUUCCUCCCAGGAUUUGGACAAGUAAUAGGAAACAAAGGCUUAAGAAAAAUUUAUUGUGAAAAACCUUAAAAUUGAGAAAAUUCAAUCCAUUAACUUUAUUAAAUUUUCUUUCUCUGAAUUGAGCAUAUGGUAUUAUUUGAUUUUAGCAGGGGACAUUUGGAUUUAGCUUACAGAACACAGAUGUUCUAUGGGAACAUGACUUGAAGUUCUGUGUAAUUUAAUAUUUUUUCAUUAAAUGACCAUCUGAGCAUCAACGUAACUACCAAGUGAGGUCAAGUGCCUGAAAAGUGCUGUAUAUAUCUAUAUUCGUUUUCCUUACAUGAAAGAUGCAUCUUAUAGCAAUGCAUAUCAGGCUUUUACCUGCUAAAAAAACAUUAUUGUUGCCAAAUCUUACCAUCUCCACCACUAUUCCUGACUCCUUAUUACUGGUUGAAAUCUAUUUUACAAUUAAAAGAGAGGUUCCUUUAUUUAUAUAAAGUCCCUGAAACUAUGUCUUGAUAUUGGUAGACUUAAGUUUAUCAUAGUUCAAGAUUGCACUUUUUUAAAACUCUGGAUAUAAAAUUUAUUCAGUGGUGACUAUACAGCUUGUUAUAAGUCAUGGUUGUGAUCUUUCUUGAGAGGAAUCCUUUAUGUGGUUAAUAUCUACUAUAAAUAAGCACUCUUGUGCUUGUUAUAAAUGCAGAUUCCUAGCUCUGUAUUGUUUCUGUCCUCCUCUUCAAAAAGGAAAUAGUUGAAAUGGCAUUGUCUAAUCCAGUGGCACUUUAUUAGUAAUACAUUUUAUUUGUCAUAGGUAUAAGAGAACUCAUGCUCUUACCUGCAGAGACUCAUGUUUUAGCUAAAACUUUAAAACUGUAAGAUAUGUAGUAUGGGUAUUAUUAUAAUUGUGUAUUUUACAUUUCAAAAAUGGGUAAAAUUCAUAUAUUAAGCCUUUGACUAUGUUAAAAUAAUUGUGAAAUCCUUUAAAAUGUAGAUAGUAAACUUAUCAAUUAUAACUUUUUGUUACAUUACAAUAUAUUUGUCUGUUAACUUCAUCAGUUAUAUUAAAUAAAAAUAAAGUUAAUUUAACAGCUUA